UACAGGGUUCCAUACGUCGUGUCAGUUGGUCCUGUGUUGGUUCGGGCGGAGUACCAGUUUAGAAUGGCUCGUGUCGUGAUGUUUUCAUGCAGCAUCAGGGUACCAGAUAUGCUGUCUAGAAGACUUCUAACCAGGCAGGCCCUGAGGACCCUGUGGACGGGGAGGGAGAGCCUGGAGGACGAUGACCCGGAGUUAAUGGCCAUCAUUAAACGGGAGAAGAAGAGACAGGUUCACGGACUGGAACUCAUUGCUUCCGAGAAUUUUGCCAGUCGAUCUGUUCAGGAAGCUCUGGGCUCAUGUCUCACAAACAAAUACUCAGAAGGUUACCCAGGUGCAAGGUACUAUGGUGGAAAUAUAUUUAUUGAUGAAGUGGAGAGACUCUGUCAAAAGAGAGCCUUGGAAACUUUCCGCCUGGACCCAAACCUGUGGGGUGUAAAUGUUCAGCCAUACUCAGGAAGUCCGGCUAAUUUUGAGGCCUUCACUGGUUUACUGAACCCUCACAAUAGAAUCAUGGGCCUGGAUCUUCCUGAUGGUGGACAUUUGACUCAUGGAUUCAUGACAGACACAAAAAGAAUUUCUGCUACAUCAGUAUUUUUUGAGUCCAUGCCAUACAGAAUAAAUCCUAAAACUGGUUAUAUUGAUUACGACAAACUCAGGGAAACUGCCCGACUCUUCCGCCCAAAACUUAUCAUUGCAGGGACCACAGCUUAUUCUCGUUUACUGAACUACAAGGCUUACAGAGAGAUUUGUGAUGAGGUGAAAGCUUACAUGCUUGCAGACAUGGCACACAUAUCUGGACUGGUGGCGGCUGGUGUGAUUCCUAGUCCUUUUGACUACGCUGAUGUUGUAACAUCAACAACCCAUAAAACGCUGAGAGGACCAAGGUCUGGAAUGAUAUUUUUCCGCAAGGGCAAAAAGGGAGUGGACAAGAAAGGAAAUGACAUCAUGUAUGAUUUGGAGAAAAAGAUCAAUAAUGCUGUGUUUCCUGCUCUACAGGGGGGACCCCAUCAGCACCAGAUAGGGGCCCUGGCUGUGGCUCUCAAACAGGCACAGUCUCCAGAUUUCAAAGAGUACCAGCUGCAGGUGAUUAAAAAUGCCAAAGCUAUGGCCAAAGUUUUGAUGGAUAAAGGCUAUGACGUAGUAUCAGGUGGCACAGAUAAUCAUCUUAUAUUGGUGGAUCUGAAAUCAAAAGGAACGGAUGGUGCUCGCUCAGAGCGCAUUUUAGAGCUCUGUGAGAUAUCUGUUAACAAGAACACAUGUGCUGGAGAUAAAAGUCCCAUGACUCCAGGAGGACUCCGGAUUGGUGCACCAGCAAUGACUUCUCGAGGAAUGAAAGAGAAGGAGUUCGAGAUGAUUGCUGAAUUUUUGGAUCGUGGUGUUCAAGUAGGAAUCAAUGCCAAGAAGUAUUCAAAAACAUUGAAGGAGUUCCGGGAAGCAGUCGUAUCCAAUGAAGAUAUAAAAGCUCAGAUUGACCAGGUCCGUGCCGACGUGGAAAGUUUUGCCAGCCAGUUCCCAAUGCCGGGACUUGAUGAUCGCUAAGUCUGACUGUGUGCCAACAGCUACCCAGCCAAAACUGCUAUCUUUGAUGUACUUCUUGAACUUUUGGAAAAAAUAGACAAAUAAAAAAACAUCGUUUAUUGAGUAAAAUGCAGACAGUAAAUGUUUGUUGAAUUAUGCCUUGUUUAACAAGAGAACACAUAAUUAAUUUGGGUAGGCUUGUCACACAUUGGUUACUGAGGUACUAGCUUUAAAAUUUUAGAUUGCAAAUCGAAACAUGUUGUAAGGGGAAGACUGUCAUUCAUUGUAAAGAUCAAAGGUCAAUGAAACAAGCAAAUUUUGCAAAGUGGUAUCAAGAUUACUGGGUAUAUUUUUAAGAUGGCGUUGGAGUGAAAGGAGUAAGCAUGUGUGUAUUUUUAUACCCCCCGCAACAAGUUGUGGGGGGGGGGGGGGGUAUACUGGAAUCGGGUUGUCCGUCCGUCUGUAGACGCAAUGGUUUCCGGACUCUAAAGCAUUAUCCUUUCCACCUACCGUCACCAUAUCAUACAUAUGGACUACCCAUGGGAUGAAGAUGUUCCCUAUCGAUUUUGGGGUCAAAAGGUCAAAGGUCAAGCGCACUGGACAUCGAAGAAGCAAUAUGGUUUCCGGGCUCUAAAGCCUUAUCCUUUCCACCUACAGUCACCAUAUCAUACGUAUGGACUACCCAUGGGAUGAAGAUGUUCCCUAUCGAUUUUGGGGUCAAAAGGUCAAAGGUCAAGCGCACUGGACAUCGAAGUAGCAAUAUGGUUUCCGGGCUCUAAAGCCUUAUCCUUUCCACCUACAGUCACCAUAUCAUACAUAUGGACUACCCAUGGGAUGAAGAUGUUCCCUAUCAAUUUUGGGGUCAAAAGGUCAAAGGUCAAGUGCACUGGACAUCGAAGUAGCAAUAUGGUUUCCGGGCUCUAAAGCCUUAUCCUUUCCACCUGCAGUCACCAUAUCAUACAUAUGGACUACCCAUGGGAUGAAGAUGUUCCCUAUCGAUUUUGGGGUCCAAAGGUCAAAGGUCACGCGCACUGGACAUCGAAGUAGCAAUAUGGUUCGGUUUGUCAUGCCAUUUGUUUUUUACACUCAGAAAAGGGGUAGUUUAUACCUAUUACCAACACCCUUUGGGAGAUUGGGGUAAGCGGGGGGUAUUCUUAGUGAGCAUUGCUCACAGUACCUCUUGUUUUUUUUAUUUUUUUUUUUACAAGGUCAUAGAUCAAAAGUCAAGGUCAUUAUAACUUUUCUAAAUAGGUUUCUGAUUAAGGAUUGUAAAGAUACAUCUAUUUAUUGUGAACAUUUUAGGUGAGGUUGGUAAACCAGUUUGGUCCAAACUACUGUGAGAUUGCAAAUAGUUGUUGGUGUUUAAGUGGCACGUGCACAAAUUAAAACUCCCCACAAACAAGAGAAACAGGAAGAACACUGUACAGCGGAAGACUCCACCCUCUUUUUUUCUCAGACAGCGGAAUUUAAUCCCAAGAAAAUCAGUUUUUCUUCAGUAUUCAACAAUAAUUUUUCUAAUGUAUAAAUACCUGUAUAUUCCCCUAUUUAAUAUUACGUGCAUGUGAUAUAUAUAUAUAUAUUAUAAUGUAGGACAGUCUUCCAUCACAGUGUGCCAUUUUGGGGGUGGGUGUCUUACAUUUUGAGAUGUGAAUAUGUGUGUUAAUGAACUACAAAAGCCUUGUGCUUUAUUUGUUGAUGUGAGAAUGAUUGCUAAAGAGCAGUGGCAAGUUGCAGCCACUUCGAAUUCAUUUGUUAGCUUUUUCUUCGAUUUUAAUUUUUUCAUUUCUGUCUUACUUUCAAGUAAAAUAAAAAUCUCUGUACUUUCUACCUGUAGUUAUGAGAAUAGGUAUUUCAAAGAUUUUUCUUUAAGUAACAACCAUCAAUUUUUUCCUUCUGUUGCAUACUCAUUUUAAGAGUUGUGAUGAGUUUUGGGGCACAAUUGUGAAGAUCAUGUAUUUAUUUAUGUCAGUAGAAUUCACUGAACGUUUUUUGUACACUGUGGGAUUGCAUGUCAGAAUUCUGGGUACAUGGUUUAUGAAAUUUUCUGGAGAUGAGUAUUAUGUUCUGUGUAUUAGGACGGCAUUGUGUGAAGUGCAAUGUGUGUGUGGGAAACAUUUUUAUAUAAUUACCCGAGUGCCAAAAUUUUAACAAUUUGACAUACAUGUACUUACAGUAAAUGUACUAAUUGUUGGAAACAUCUACAUUUGAAAGAUAUUUUCAGUUUGUAUGAAGUGCUAUCUUGUUAAUUUCCUGGGUUUAUUGAAGAAUUCAAAUCCUGAAUUUUAAUUUAGUAUAGAUCAACAACAUACAUGUAGUCUGUAAACUGUUUAGGCAUCAUCAUCUAUAGAGUUUAUUUGUAGGAGAACCUUACCACAUUUUAAUAUCUACAUACUCGUGUUUGAAUAACAUACAUGUAUAUGUCUUUUAGAAUCUCAAGUGUGUCAUAAUUUUACGAACUACUAUUACAUGCAGUACUUUCUCAACUGUAAAGUUAGAAUUAGAUACUUUAGAUCCUUUAAUUUAGAAUUCAAUACUUUUAAUAGAUGCGAGUAGUUAAUAUUUGUUUUUAUUUGCAAGACCCCCCUCUUGCAAUAUCAACUGAUGAUCUGAAUCUAUUUGUUGAUCUGACAUUAAUUUGUAGGAAUUUAAAUUCUUCAUGACUAGUUUUCAUGGUUUAACAUGUUCAUGAACUGAUGCUGAAUGUCGAUUUUGUGAAGUUGGAUAAGUUAUCUAUGGAAUAUGAAGUGCAUGUAAUUCUAAAUAGCAAUUUGUCACAGCUGGAAGACAAAUUCCUGUAAUGUUGCCAUAUACCCCUACAUUUGCAUAUCUAUAGAAAAUCAUCCCAUGGUUAUAUUUUGAGAACUAUUAGGUGCUGUAACUAUGUUCCAUUUUUGGGGUGGUUUUUUUCUUGUAGGAAAAUAUCCCUUGUGAUUUUGAACAGAGGUUUUUUUCUGAAAAUGGGUUAAUUAAAAAAAAACAGUAUAACUUGUGACUGUUAUAUAUGUUUAAUCAUUUUUAGACCUGAUUUUCCAGUAAAUAUGUGAUUGGAAUUCAGUUUUUGACUGCAUUUAGUGUUCUUGUGUAUUAAUGUUAAAUAAACUUGUAACAUUUGAGUGAUUGGCAUGCUUUAAUGUUUUUUAGCUUUCCCUGGGCAGGUUUUUUUUUGUGUUUUUUGUUUUGCUCAUCAUAUCUUAUAUAUACAUGUACUUCGGUGGAGUUUUCUGAUUGGGAGUUGUCUAUUGUUAUACAAAAUUACAAAACUAUGUAAACCUUUUAUAACUUAAAAGUGCAAUGAGAAUUUUCCAAUAUGGUUUUUCAUAAAUCUGACUGGUUUAAAAAAUCAGAAGAGAUAAUUUCCCCCCCAAAUGCUUGAACAAGUUAUCCAGAAUGUAUAAAAGCUCAUCUGCAUUUUUCAAACAUGUUGGAAGCUUUUUCCUAGCAAUUGAUCCAAGUGCAUUUGUCUGCAAUACAUCUUUUAUUUAACUCGAGUGAGUGUAAAAGCCCAAAAGUUUCUUGUUUUGUUGCCAUUUCUGUUUGUCGUUUUUUUCAGCAUAGGUUAUCUUUCAGAAUUAUGUGAUUGAAAUCUUUUUAAAUCUGCUUGACUUCUUUUCUUUUUCUUUUUUAAAGUAGUGGGCUUUUAUUGUCUUUUGUUUGAAAUAAAAAUUGAGAGGGUG